AUGAAGAAAAGGUUUAAGGAAUGGAGGAAGGAGCAUGACGAGGCGUACGAGAACCACAGGAAGAUGGUCAUGGAGCAGGAGUACAAGGUUGAUGAGGCAGUGAUGAAGAAAAGGUUUGAGGACUGGAUGAAGGAGUAUGGCCGGACCUACAAGGACGAGGAGGUGAAGGCUCGACGGUAUGAGGUGUUGAAGGUGAAUGCAAUGGAAGCAGACAAGGCUAACACACAUACCCGAGGCGAUACCCGUUAUGGUCCUAACAAUCUUGGGGACUGGACUGAGGAUGAGCUCAAGAGGAUGCGUUGCCGUCAGGGUGACUUUGACUUUAAGUCAUACUUUGAGGACAUGAGGACUAUGUAUGCUGAAGGGAGGUUUGACGCCCAUCUGAGGAAGGUAGCUCCUCAAGAACUGGAUUGCACUGAUGCUGUGAAGAAGUCUAACAUUCUAGCAUGUGUACGUGUGGACUGGAGAAUUCCUGUGUUGGUCAUUUUAGAAGCAGCUAAAAAUUCCUUCCUCGCUCAUUUUGUUCUUUGCAAUUUGCCUCCAGCUGCCUCUCAAAUUAUUUAUCCUUCCUCGCUCAGGUGCACCAUAUUUUUAUCUUUGGAAAAUUUUGUGCUAAUUCUUAGCAUUUUGGAUGAGGGCAGAGGUUCAGGGAACUGGCAGCACGAAAGGCCGAACAAGAACGUCAAGCAAACAAGCACUAGGCAGCGAGAAGACAGGCAAGAAUACACUACCGACCACAGGUUCUGGGAAAAACUGAAACAGCUGACGGGCAUCAAAUUUCCUAGACUAAACCCAAGGACCUGGACAAGGGACUUGCUGGACAGUGCUAACCGUAAACCUGGUGAUCGUGAGAUAAUCUUAUGCGGAAUGUGGUCACUGUGGAAUAGCAGGAAUGAUCGCCGUCAUGGAAAGUCCCCAAUCGAGCCGGGGCUGGCAGUGGAUUGGGCGAUAGAGCCUGUUUCCGUCUCUCCAUUGGCAGCCGAGACUUGGCUCAAGGAAGGAGGAUACAAGAGGUCUGGACAGCACCUGCGGAAGGAACUCUGA